CAACCCCGAUGGGUGCCGUAGGUAGUAUGUCGCGCGGUUACUAGGGACAACGGAAUCAAAACCCCAAGCAGAGUAUUUCAAGGACAAAUACGACAUCCUCAAUGCAAAGAUUUAUUAAUAUCACUACUACCACUACUCCUUCCAUACCUGCACCUAAGAGUCUCAGCGGACCAUAGCGAAUAGGUCAUCAGUCGAAAUCAGUCGCCCGACCCAAACUCCGGUAACAACCUCGAAUUGAUACAAGGCUAGGCCUUCACUUUCAAGUACCACAUUAUCUCAAGCUCCUCUCCACUAUUCGCCCUGAGUCAAACAACAACAGCAGCAAUGACGGAAGAUCUGUCUCCAUGCUCGACUUCACACGGUGUUAGACCAGCUACCACAGUGACAGCGACAGCGUCACCCAUGACAACAGCAAGAAGUGCAAACGGCCAAACCCAGCACAACCUCAAGCAGAAACCAACCAUACAAACAGAGGGCCAAGAGCAGGUAUCGCAAGAGGAAGAACAGGGCCGUAGUAUGAGUGCUUUCGUCGAGCAAUCUGCCAGAAAUCAUCCCAAGGCCCGAGCAGAACCAUCUGCGAACUCAUCACAACAAUUCCAGCCAUCACAUCAAGAAACACCUGCUACACAUUCCAAUCCCACCCAGCGAAAGCAAGAUCUCGAACUCAAGCCAGAUCUCGAGCUCCUCCGCAAGCAGCGGCGGAACUUCAUCAGAAAAGUGUGUGUGCGAGAUCGCAAGAAUCCCAGUUGGAUCAGCAACUCCAUGACAGCUGAUGAAAUCAAUCUGUUCAAGCUGGACAUCAGCUUUAUAGAAGCGCCCCAGAAUAAUCCAAGCUUACCCAUCUUACUUGAAGACGAUUCUUCUAGCACUGUCUUCUCAGACUGUGACGAGAGCGAUGACAGCCCUGCCACUCUGAGUCUUGACAGUAGAUUCAUCAGAGUGACGUAUGUCAGUCAGCAGAUUGCAUCAUUCCUGGAUCCUCCUCGUCACCUCAGAGGAUGUCCCCGGGAAUAUCCAAACUGGGCAGGUCGUGGGAUUACAUUUGCAAAGGGUAAUGAGGAUUGCUUAGCCAUGGUAACGUGCAAUAUCGGAGAGCCAGGUGCCAAUGAGAUCCUACGCUCAGAGCUAGUCGCUUGUAUACACACAGCAAACAUGAUUAUAUUCAAAGCUUCUCCUGAGCUCAAGAACAGUCCUUUGGAGGGUCGAGUCAUAUCUGUCACCUUACAAUCCCUCCGAGUUAUACACUUUCGUAUCGCUCAACCCAAAUGGCUGUACCUCAACGAAGAAGGCUCUCGUUUACAAAUCGACAUACAGGGGUAUGAUCUCGAUGCGAGUCUGGCUUGGGAAAAUCAGCUCAGAGUUAACCCUGCGAUUUCGAAGAUUCUGUUGGAGUAAAAUAUGUUGACUCUAUGUUAUGCCAGUCUUGGUAUGAGAGAACUGGUACUACGUCAACUCCGAGUUAUUUAAGAUUCUGAUGUGGGGAUGCGAUUAUCGAGUCGAUUAUAUGUUGUAAGAGUUUGUGUUUUUAACCCGAGCACCUUAAUAGGAGGUAGAAGAGAGUGAGUCAGCGGUGUGGCAUAGAGUAUCAUAUAAUCAAUUGGUAUACCUUUCA